ACAAAUUUAAUAAAUUUGCCUAAUUAGGUUAACCAAUCUUGUAACAAGAAAGGGGUAAAAUGGGAAAUAUAGAAAAAAUAAAAAUGUGUUGUUGUUUUGAAACUACGAGAAGAAGGAAAGGCAAUAUAUAUAUACUCCUAUAAGCUAAUCUCAUAUCCACAUUUCUCUCUCACCCACCUUAUAGACUUUUCUCGGCUUUUUUUUUCUCUAAUCACAAAAUUUGUAUUUUUUUUGUUUUCCCGAAAAAGUAUUGAGAAUCGCAAAAAAUUGAAUUGCAAAACAAUAGGAUUUGAGAAGGAAAAUACAAAAAAACAAAACACAAAACAAAAAAAAAAAAAGUUUUAAACAAAAGGCAGAGGAGAUCGUGAGAGACAGGGAGGCUGCCGAAGAAAGGAGAAUUUAGGGUUUGGAGACUUUGCAGAUAUUUGGCGUUACGUUUUUUUGUAUUUCUUCAAUAAUUUCUCAUCUGCUCUCUUCAUAUUGUGUCUUUGAACGCUUCAUCUCCUCGUCAUGGUGGCCACCUCUGCUACUUCUUCAUUCUUUCCUGUACCGUCUUCUUCGCUUGAUCCUAAUGGAAAAGGCAACAAGAUUGGUUCCACGAAUCUUGCUGGACUCAAUCCUGCACCAAACUCUGGUAGGAUGAAGGUUAAACCAAACGCUCAGGCUCCACCUAAGAUUAAUGGGAAAAAGGUUGGUUUGCCUGGUUCUGUAGAUAUCGUAAGGACUGAUAUCGAGGCGUCACACCCUGCGCCAAGAACUUUCAUCAACCAGUUACCUGACUGGAGCAUGCUUCUUGCUGCUAUAACAACGAUUUUCUUAGCAGCUGAGAAACAGUGGAUGAUGCUUGAUUGGAAACCCAGGCGUUCUGACAUGCUGGUGGAUCCGUUUGGUAUAGGGAGAAUUGUUCAGGAUGGCCUUGUGUUCCGUCAGAAUUUCUCCAUUAGGUCAUAUGAAAUAGGUGCUGAUCGCUCUGCAUCUAUAGAAACCGUUAUGAAUCAUUUGCAGGAAACGGCGCUUAAUCAUGUUAAGACUGCUGGAUUGCUGGGAGAUGGAUUUGGUUCUACCCCUGAGAUGUUUAAGAAGAACUUGAUAUGGGUCGUCACUCGUAUGCAGGUGGUGGUUGAUAAAUAUCCUACUUGGGGAGAUGUUGUUGAAGUAGAUACCUGGGUCAGUCAGUCUGGAAAGAAUGGUAUGCGUCGUGAUUGGUUAGUUCGGGAUUGCAAUACUGGAGAAACCUUAACACGAGCAUCAAGUGUGUGGGUGAUGAUGAAUAAAUUGACAAGGAGAUUGUCAAAGAUUCCUGAAGAGGUUCGAGGGGAAAUAGAGCCUUAUUUUGUGAAUUCUGAUCCCGUCCUUGCUGAGGACAGCAGAAAGUUAACAAAACUUGAUGACAAGACUGCUGACUAUGUUCGAUCUGGUCUCACUCCGCGAUGGAGUGACCUAGAUGUUAACCAGCAUGUUAAUAAUGUAAAGUACAUUGGGUGGAUCCUGGAGAGUGCUCCAGUGGGAAUAAUGGAGAGGCAGAAGCUGAAAAGCAUGACUCUGGAGUAUCGGAGGGAAUGCGGAAGAGACAGUGUGCUUCAGUCCCUCACCGCAGUUUCAGGUUGCGAUAUCGGUAACCUGGCAACAGCGGGGGAUGUGGAAUGUCAGCAUUUGCUCCGACUCCAGGAUGGAGCGGAAGUGGUGAGAGGAAGAACAGAGUGGAGUAGUAAAACACCAACAACAACUUGGGGAACUGCACCGUAAAAAAAAACCCACAACAAUGGCUCAUUUGGUUCCUUUGUAACUAUAUCUGCUGCCACCCUGCUUGCUUGCAACCACCACCACAAUUUCAUGUCCUCCCCUCAAAAGUUUCGGCCACCAACCCUUUGUAUAUUUCUUUUUUUUUCCGAUGGAGAUUUAUUAUAUUUAUUUAAUCUUUCUAUUUAUUUUUUGCUUGAUGGGAAAUGGGUGUCGUGUAUCAUUACGAUUUACGAAUUAUGAUGUUAUGUAACCCAUGUGCCGGCGCAAGACAAAGGCAUCAACUCUCUUAUCCUAAAUUUAUUGUACUUUUGUUGAGUUUUGUAGUUGUUUCCAGCUAAACAAGCACGUGGACGAUCCUUGUAAUGAAUUAUGAAUGUGAUGCUUGUACCUGUAAA